AAUAAACAAAAAAAAUUAGAAAAAUUUACAUGCAAAUUCAACUUACUGUUGCUCAUAAUCACGUAAAUUUUCAUUGUAAAAAUUUUUAGAAAAUUUAAGGUUAAAGAUUCUAAUUGCAAAAGAACCAAUACUUAUGUAUUAUUAAAAUUUUGUAUAAAUUGUAUACUUUUGUAUGUAUAUGUUAAAGUUGAAUAGAUAUAAUGGCUAGUCGUAAUGCUGUUCUGAAGCUUUACAGAAAUUUAAUUCGCGAGAGCAAGAAAUGGAGCGCCUAUAAUUACCGUGAAUACGCUCUCAGGAAAGUGAAACACGAGUUCCAAGAAAGCAAAACUCUGCAGGAUGAUAAAUUGAUAGCAGACUGUUACAAAAAAGGACUUGAAAAUCUUGAAAUAAUUAAGAGACAAGUUGUUUUAAGUGAUUUGUACAGUACCAGACCCCUGGUUAUUGAGAACAGACGACAGGCUGGAGAUAAACUUCAUUCUAGUGCACAAUAAAUAAAAUUAUUUUUUAUUAUU